AUCCGGUGUGGGUGCUGCUGGGUGUCUGUACGAGUGGUGUGUGCUGCUGGUGGAGUAAGAUGGCCGCCUUCAGGCUGUUUGGUGUGUGUCUGUGCUUCCUGCUGCUUGUCAGCCUGGCUGGCUCUGUGGAUGAGAAGAAGAAAAAGAAGAAGGAUAUUCGGGAUUACAAUGAUGCUGACAUGGCUCGGCUGCUGGAUCAGUGGGAGGAAGAUGAUGAUAUAGAAGAAGGUGACCUCCCGGAACAUAAGAGAUCUCCUCCUCCUGUGGAUUUCUCGAAGCUUGAUCCCAGUAACCCAGAGAGCAUUUUACAGAUGACCAAGAAGGGCAAGACUAUAAUGGUCUUUGUGACUGUUUCUGGUAACCCCACUGAGAAGGAAACCGAGGAAAUUUCAAGCCUGUGGCAAGGCAGUCUUUUCAAUGCUAACUAUGACAUUCAGAGGUUUAUUGUUGGUUCAAAUCGUGCAAUUUUCAUGCUUCGGGAUGGAGGCUAUGCUUGGGAAAUCAAGGACUUCCUUGUAAAACAAGAGAGAUGUGCAGAUGUGACUUUGGAAGGACAGGUGUACCCAGGCAAAGGAGCAGAUGGAUCUUCAAAAAGUAAUAACCAGAUUAAACCGGAGAAGAAAAAAAGUACCAAAACUCAAAAAUCUAAGUCGUCUCAUGAAACUAACAAGGCAUCUUCACCAAAAGAAGAUUUAUGACAGCUGCUACCAAGUAGAAGACUCUAAAUAAAACAUAGAAUAGUCCCAUGACUGGAUUUCUGUUCUAGCACAUGGGUGCUUUCAAUCAAUCAGUGUACUUGUCA